AUGACUCUGUACAGAGCCUCUGUGCUCCUGCUGCUGCUGGUGGCCUCUCAGAGCCAGGCUCUGCCUGUCCCAGACACUGAAGACCUGCUCCCACAGGAGGAGAACGCUGAAGACCUGCUCCCACAGGAGGAGAACACUGAAGACCUGCUCCCACAGGAGGAGAACACUGAAGACCUGCUCCCACAGGAGGAGAACACUGAAGGCAAUGACAUUAAAAACGACACUGAGGACAUCGGAGAGAAGAUCUUGGCGUCCAACAACCACUCAGCCGCAUUCCUUGAGGAAGGAGACCUGUUGCCUUCUAAAAAAAGGAACGCCAUCAGGUGUAGGUACAACAGCUGCCGCUGGCCCAAAGGCUCUGAUGGCCUGGUCUCAAUCCCCUACACUGUGAGCCGUGACUUCAAUUCUUAUGAGAAUCAAAUGAUCGAAGGCGCUCUGGGAGGCUUUGCAUCCAAAACUUGCAUCCGCUUUUUCCCUCGUCGCAGCGAGAUAGACUUCAUCAGCGUUGAGAACCGAGCAGGCUGUUUCUCUUCUCUGGGGAAACAGGGCGGGCGCCAGGUGCUGUCACUCAAUAGAAAUGGUUGUGUUUACACCGCCAUUAUCCAGCAUGAGUUCAACCACGCUCUGGGCUUCACGCACGAGCAGACCAGGAGCGACCGCGACCAAUACGUCCGCAUCAACUGGAACAAUAUUCAAUCUAACAUGGCCUACAACUUUGAUAAAUCUGACACCAACAACUUGAACACGCCUUACGACUACAGCUCUCUGAUGCAAUACUCAAGUAAAGCCUUCAGCAAGAACGGCCACGACACCAUCUCUCCCCUCUCUCCUCACCCAGUCCAGCUGGGACAGAACCGAGGUCUGUCCGACUCCGACAUCAAGAGGAUCAACAUUCUCUACGAAUGCUAA